GUUCUAUUUUCGGUUGUGAAUUACGAUAUGUUUUUCUGACUUCUGAGAAAAACCGAACUUGGUUUAAGAUUUCUAGAAUCGGAACUCAGCGAACUUCUACUUCAUUCCGAGUAUCAAAGACAAACUCAAUGAAUCCGUCAACCCCAAUACCGCCUCAGUCGGUAACUCGGUAAGGACUAAGGACUGAAGUACUAACUAUAUAGAGCCGUGGAACAGGUGGUAGGACUAAGGAGCGAUGGACUACAGACAAGACGAAGAACACAAGAAGCAGCGAAGACACUAGACAGCGUCUUCGAGAGGGAAGAAGAAUAAACUUACUGGAGAAAACUCGAGGCCGUUGGGGAGCAUUGGAAAGUUGCAGCAAUGCCGGAGAGAGCUAGGAGAGGGGUUUUUAGGGGCUACGUCUGUGGGCAGGAGAUAGAACAGAUGUCUUUGGAUGGAAGCCAUUACAGCCUUACAAGCGAGAUUCUACCUUCGCUUGGGGCGAGAAGCAAUCGCAGAGUUAAGCUUCGUAGGUUCAUCAUUUCUCCUUACGAUCGUCGUUACAGAAUUUGGGAAUCUUUUCUGGUCAUUCUUGUUCUCUAUACUGCAUGGGUAUCUCCUUUCGAAUUUGGAUUCCUUGAGAGACCGAAGGGAGCACUAGCCAUUACUGAUAACGUGGUUAACGCAUUCUUUGCCAUAGAUAUCGUCCUCACAUUUUUUAUUGCCUACCUUGAUAAAAUUACUUAUCUUCUCAUUGACAACCCUAAGCAGAUUGCUUGGAGGUACACUAGUACCUGGUUAGCCUUUGAUGUCAUAUCCACAAUCCCUUCUGAACUUGCUAGGAAGAUGUUGCCCUCUUCUCUGCAGUCGUAUGGAUUCUUUAACAUGCUUCGUCUCUGGCGUCUCCGAAGAGUGAGUUCUAUGUUUGCCAGAUUGGAGAAGGACAGGCACUUCAAUUACUUUUGGGUUAGAUGUGCAAAGCUUAUCUGUGUCACUCUAUUUGCAGUUCAUUGCUCUGGCUGUUUCUAUUACCUUAUUGCUGCACGGUACCAUGACCCCAGCAAGACAUGGAUUGGAGCAUCUAUAGAGAACUUUCUUGAGACAAGCCUGUGGAUUCGCUACGUGACUUCACUUUACUGGUCCAUCACUACUCUCACAACUGUUGGUUAUGGUGACCUGCAUCCUGUGAACACAAGGGAAAUGAUCUUUGACAUCUUCUAUAUGCUCUUCAACCUUGGAUUGACAGCAUAUCUCAUUGGAAAUAUGACCAAUUUGGUUGUCCACGGGACUAGCCGAACUCGGAAAUUUAGGGAUACAAUUCAGGCAGCCUCAAGUUUUGCUCAGAGGCACCAACUCCCAGUCCGCCUGCAAGACCAGAUGCUUGCACACUUGUGUUUGAAGUUUAGAACAGACUCAGAAGGGCUGCAGCAGCAAGAGACUCUUGAUUCACUCCCUAAAGCCAUCCGAUCAAGUAUAUCACAUUUUCUCUUCUACUCUCUUGUUGAUAAGGUGUACUUGUUUCGUGGGGUAUCCAAUGACCUGCUAUUCCAACUGGUCUCAGAAAUGAAAGCUGAAUAUUUCCCUCCAAAAGAAGAUGUGAUCUUGCAGAAUGAAGCACCUACAGACUUUUAUGUAUUGGUUACUGGUGCUGUGGACCUUCUGGUGCUGAAGAAUGGAACUGAACAGGUUGUUGGAGAGGCAAAUGCUGGAGAUAUCUGUGGUGAGAUUGGAGUACUCUGUUACAGGCCUCAGUUGUUCACUGUCCGCACCAAACGACUGAGUCAACUUCUGAGGUUGAACCGUACUGCUUUUUUGAAUAUUGUUCAGGCCAAUGUUGGAGAUGGCACUAUAAUCAUGAAUAAUCUCCUGCAGCAUCUGAAAGAACUGAAGGACCCAUUGAUGCAAGGGAUUUUAACAGAGACAGAGAACAUGUUAGCUCGGGGUAGGAUGGACCUUCCACUAACUCUGUGCUUUGCAACGCUUAGAGGAGAUGAUCUGUUGUUGCAUCAGUUACUAAGAAGGGGUUUGGAUCCAAAUGAAUCUGACAACAAUGGGCGCAGUGCUCUGCACAUAGCAGCAUCCAGAGGAAGUGAUAACUGUGUCCUUCUUCUACUUGACUAUGGAGCAAACCCUAACAGCAGAGAUUCUGAAGGAAACGUUCCCUUGUGGGAAGCAAUAAUGGGGCGGCAUGAACCAGUGAUCAAACUUCUGAAAGACAAUGGUGCAAACAUUGUUUCAGGUGAUGUGGGUCAGUUUGCAUGCACUGCUGCUGAGCAAAAUAAGUUGGACUUGCUCAAGGACAUUGUACGCCAUGGUGGAGACGUUACACUCUCCAGAAGCAAUGGAACCACUGCACUUCAUGUUGCAGUUUGUGAGGGGAAUAUUGAAGUAGUUGAGUUCCUUUUGGACCAUGGAGCUGACAUUGACAAGCCUGAUUCCCAUGGUUGGAGCCCCAGGGAUCUGGCAGAGCAGCAGGGCCAUGAAGAAAUAAAAACCCUCUUCCAAUCAAAGAAAGAGGCAAAGAAUCAGUCAACCAUUAUUGUUUCUGAGCAGCAAAGGGUACGCUACCUUGGGAGGUUUACAAGUGAGCCAUCACUCUAUGCUUUGUAUCCAGGUGGUGCUGCCAUUCACCCAGAGAUGCCUUGGAGGGACCGUCGAAGGCGGAGGACUGACAACUUCCACAACUCUCUAUUUGGUAUCAUGUCAGCUGCCCAGACAGGUGAUAAGGGUCUGGUUCCUCUAACAGCCCAUGUUAAUUGCAGCAAGAGUUGUGGCAAUUACCCUGCCAGAGUUACAAUUACUUGCCCAGAGAAAGGCUUGGUGACUGGAAAACUUCUACUCCUGCCGCAGUCCAUUGAGGAAUUACUGGCAAUAUGUUCUCAAAAAUUUGGGUUCUCUCCAUCCAAAGUCUUAAGCAAAGAGGGAGCCGAAAUCGAUGAUAUACAGCUGAUUAGAGAUGGUGAUCAUCUUAUUAUUGCUAGUGAUUAUGGGACGGAACGGGCUAAGGAUUGAAGCUGGGAAUUUUCCAUGGAUAGAUUGCCCUUUGUUUUCUUCUUUUCCUCCUCUUGGAUUGGUCCAAUUGUGCGAUUAUAUCCUUGUGGAGCCCAUAUGGAUCGUCAUUUUGACUUUUGGGGGCUUGUAUGGACCAAAGGAGGAUGGUGACCGGUGGUGGUUUGUACUUUGUAGAAAAGAGGGAAGAGAGACUGAUGAUAGUAAACAAUGAUGAAGCUUGCUUACAAUAGUGGAGAAAAUAAACAAACGAAAUGGAUAGAUGAACCUCUUGGAGGGGAAAACAGCUUUUAAAGGGUUGAAGAUCAAAGUGUAAAUGCAAGUUAUUUUCUUUUUUUAUAUUUAGUUGAAGAGAAGAAGCUUUGUAACCUUUAGAAGGGAAUCUAAUUGUAAAAAGAAUUUUUGUUCUCA